AAUGGUCACUGCUUCACAAGUUCUAAACUGUGGCGAUUGGAAGAAAUUCGGCGUGGAACCGUAGUCUUUCCUUUCCACUGGUUUUAGACGUGCGAACAUUUUGCGUCAAUGCUGAUUAUCAUACCAUUCCUUAGAUUCGGUUUUGACUCGGCGAGGAAUAUCUACACGUGUUCUCAUAUGCAUUCUUUCUUUCCCUAAAAAGACAACAGUUUCCGCACAAUAAUUGCACUCUGUCACUAUGGCGUGACGAGCAAAGAAGGCCUCUUUUAAGAGCGGUGUGAAAAUUCUUCUGUAAUAUACUUAACUGGAUUGUUUUUACCUUCAAGUUUUGCUUUAUUUCUUGGAAUUUUCAAUUUUGAGCUAUCCUAUCAUUUUGUCGCUUAUUUGGAGGGCACUUGACGUACUUUGAAAGCAGGUCGUAGGAGGUACAUUAACCGGCCAGGAAGUGCAGACCUGCCGUAUUCCUCCUAUGCGCUGUCCAAUCAUGAUUACUCGGGUCCUUCUUACAAUGGCUAUGCAAGCAGCUUAGAUCCCCACACUUAUGAAAUUAUGUCCAAAUAUACUCGAGGAUAUGACUACCCACAAUCCUCAGCAGUUCGUUCAUACAGCACUGGUUCAAGUUCAGGCUCUCAAGCAUUAGGUUCAUCAUAUGGACAUACAAGUGGUUACCAGUCCAACCAAAGACCACAAAGACAUGCUUCUUAUGGCAGUUCUUAUGACACUGGAACUAAAUAUAGUGGUUCCUCUGACACUGGAACAAGAUUUGGUGGUUCCACUGAGCUAGGUACCAGAUACGGUGGUGGCUCCACUGAUUAUGGAACAAAAUAUAGCGGUUCCAGUGAUAUAGGAUCUAAAUAUGGUGGUUCUAGUGACUUUGGAACUAAAUUUGGUGGUUCUAGUGACUUGGGAGCUAAAUAUGGUGGUUCCAGUGAUUUAGGAUCUAGAUAUGGUGGUUCAAGUGACUUAGGAGCUAAUUAUGGUGGCUCCAGUGACUUGGGUGCUAAAUAUGGUGGUUCUAGUGACUUAGGGUCAAAGUAUGGCAGUUCUAAAGACACACAACCUAAAUAUGGAGGGUAUGUAGAGUUAGGAACAAAGUAUGGUGGAGGUGGUGAGUUCGGAACAAGCUAUGGUGGUGCUUCCAGAGACAGAUCAAACUAUGGAAAUACAUCUAGUUACGAAAGCAGUUAUCAAGGAAGUGAACCCAAGUCUAAAUACUCUACAAGGUAUGGAGAAAAUGAGGAAACAAAACAAAGUGAAAAGCAAACAUCAAGAAAAGUGAGAUCACCAUAUGAACGAUACAAGCCACUAGCAGAGGACACUCCAACACAAAGCAAGGAUGUUGACAUCCAGGAAAUCAAAUCUAGGAGUCUGAGGUAUCGCAGCAGAGACGAAAAAAAGGAACCACCUUCGGAGAAAAGUCAGAUCAAAGGAAGCUACGAAAUGUACAGACCAGAAUCGAGAAAACCUAGAGAAACCACCGAGAGCUUUGACCUUGAAAAACCAGUGUUUUCUUCUUUGGAUGAUUCAGUGGAUUCAUUAAAAAGUGCUUCUUUCAGUGAAAGAUGGAAAAGAGCAAGUUCUGGGGAUUCUCAAGGAAGGCUGGGAAGUGUUGAAGACAGUCUUGAGAAACCUGAUUUCGGAUCCGUUGGAAAGGAUAAUUUCGGAAGUAAGGAUACCACUGGAUCAUCUAACUUGUCGCCAUGGAAACAAAGAAGAUUGGAAAGAGAACAAAAGGAGAAAAGAGAAGCUGAAAAAGUGAAGGAAGAACCACAGAGACAGAAAUUACAAACUCAUGAAAACGUUUCGUCAUCUGAACAGAUCCCCACACAAACUAAAGAUCAAACAACUGGUACAGCCCAUGAACAGGAAGUUAGAAGAAGAAACCUUACUGAAAAAAUAGAAAGACCUAAGUCAGUGGAUGCAGAUGCCAUUAAACAUCUUCUUUUAACAAGUGAAAGUCCUCUUUUAAGAUCGCGGUACAGAGAAGCAGUGAGAAAAAGGGAACAUUUGAAAGAAUCUGUGGAUAGUACUUCUGAUAUAUCACAAGAGUCAGGAAGUAGUCAUCGAGAAUGGAGUUCAGCCAGAGCUCUACAUGAGUCUCUAAGAGAAAAGGAAAAACAGGACACAAAGGAAGCUGGAACUGAAGACAAAGUUACAGAAAGUGUCAAGAAAAAUUUAGCAAGGAUUGAGGACUUAAAAAGCUCUGUGCAACAAGGUGUUGAAAUGUCAAAACCAGAGCAAGUAUGUAGUGAACGUUUGAAACAGGAUAACAUUGAACAAAAUCGUCAGGAUUCUAGGAGGAGAAUUCUUGUGUCUUCUCGCUCUCAUGUUGAUAACUUGCAUGAUUCAGUGAAGCAGAAGGACGCUGAACUUUCACAGAGUACAAUGAAUGUGCCAAAAUAUACUGUCUCAAAACCAGUCACUGACACUGACAGCAGAGCAACUGAGGGUAUUUAUUCAAGGACAAAUUUACCAUCUGCAGACUCUAAAAUGGACAGCAAAGCUAAAAGAGAAAGCACAAAAUCAGGUAGUGUUGAAACUGAUGAUAAUUUGUCAAAGUUUUACAGCAAAGAUCAUCAGGAAAAAGUUCAGACAAAUGUACAGUUGUAUAAGGAUAGUCGUCCAGAUGGUGAAAAGAAACCUGAGGUUGAUAAGACACCAUCUAAGCGGGCAGUUCGUCUUGGAAGAACAAGACAUCAUGGACAAGAAGGACCCUCACUUGUUAAACAUAUGAGUGAUCUUUUGUUUGAGGACCCCAAGAGCAUCAGAUCAGAAAGGAAACAUACUGGUGAAUCAAAAGAAGAGGAUACAAAAACUUCUUGUAAACCAAUUUUGGAGGACAAAGUUGCUUCAUCAGUGCUCAAAACAAGGGUUUCUUCUGAUGCUGAAAGUACACCUCAUGAACAGUUAACAAGUGCAAAGUCAAUUCAAAGUGAAAGGAAAGAAAUUUCAAGAUUAAAAGACAAUGAUACUAAACAAAUUAAAAAGGUUGACAUAUCACCAAACACAAUGUCAGAUAUUACUCUAAAAGACACUGAUAAAGUGGAAAAGCCAAAAUUCCAGCGUAUUUAUGGUAGAGCAAAAACUACAGAUGUUAGUAGCCUUUUAGUCAAGAAAGCUGCAACAACUGAUGAUAAGAAAGAAGACAAACUGAGUAAAACAACAGACUCAGUUGAUUCUAAAUCUAUUGUGCCAAAGUCAUCUGCAGGAAGAUCAAAAACACCUUUGGGAAAAAUAGAUGAAAAACCAAAAGAAGUAGAGACAAAGAAACCAGAGAGUGUCAAAGAAAGCGAGGCAGGUUUAGGAUUUUCUUCUGCAUUUUCUGUUGACAUGAACCUGUCUCGUGCUGAAAGGAUAGCCAGAUAUAAAGAGGAGCGAAAGAAACAGCUUUCACAUCUUGCCAGCAUGUUUAGUGAACCUGGUGAGGGUAGCAGUGGAAAAGACAUUGUGCCUUCCCUAUUUACGUCAGCAAGGGAAAGUAGCGAAGGAUCAUUAGGGCGAUCCAAAAGCAUGAGGGAAGGGUCUCCACAGAAAUAUUCAUCUCCAGUGGCUCGGUCAAAGAGUUUGAGGGAAGAUUUGUCACCAAAGAAAUCCACAACAGAGAGUGCAAGUAAACCUGAGGAGGAAACUCCUGCUGAAGAAAUGAAAUCAUUUGAUGAAUCUGGUAAAGAAAUUUCUCUUACAAAGAAGAUAGCUCAGAACAGAAAGUUGUUUGAGAACAAGACCAGUGAAGAAGAUGACUCUAAGAAAUGGCAGAGGAGAUCACUUACAGAUUCAUCUCUUGAGGGAGGUAGCAGAAGAAGCUCAUCAAGUUCAGACAGAAAGAGCCUUGGUGAUGAAUCAUCUUUAGAGAAAAUUAAAAACAGGUAUUUGUUUGGAACUGACUUUUCUGAGGCCAAAACUAAGAGACAAUCUGUAACUGAAGAGGACAGAUCUCCAGGUCUAGACACAUCUACCUCAUCAGAGGAAGUGGUAACCACAUCUGUCUUGUCCACUUCCAUGUCAUCUGAAGAACCUAGUGUCUCAGAGGAAAUUUCUUUUGACAUGAAUAAGGCCAAACAAGCCUUUUCCAAACCUGAGCCAAAGGAAAAAUUCUUGUUUGGAACAUCCUUUGCUUCUUCUAAGGAGUCAAAACCAGAAUCUAAAGUUGUUGACACUAGAAAACCCAAAUCUGUAGAAACUGAGAAAAAGGAGAUAGAAUCAGAAGAAUUUGAUGCCACAAAAGCUCUGAAAAAGAGGAGACAACUUCCCUCAGUUCCCUCUGCCCUUGGGGCAGGAUCUCCCAUAGAUAGCAUCUCCAGCAAACUAGAGAGUGACAAUGAUCUGAGUCAGCAGAAAGCUGACACGGUGUCUAAAGACUCACUAAAGAUUACUUCUACUCCAGAGCUUCAGAUUGCUCAUUCUAAAGUGUUUGGUGGAAAGCCUCUCACUUCAAGAGCAACUUCAAAGACUGAAGAGGACAAAGACAGAUCUGUUCUUAAUAAAAAUGAAGGCAGCAGAGCUGCUUUGUCUCAUAUUCGUUCAAAAGAUUAUUUAUCUAAGUCAGAUAACUUAUCAAAGUCUGAUAUAACUUCUAGUCAAUUGGAGAGAAAAGCACCUGCUACAAAAACUGUCUCACAGCCUGUAUCCAAGAAAGUAGAUAAAACCUCUAUGUCUCAAAGUGUUGAAAUUAAAACAGAUUUAUCCAAAGAUAAAUCACAAGAGAAAGGUGCAAUGCAAUAUGUAAAUACCUCACAAAGUUUGGGUAAAAAGUAUCCAAGCAGCACAGGAAAUGAAAGUGCUAAAGACACUGAGUCACCAGAUAUGGAUGCUGCAAAGAAAGGUUCUCGCUUCACAAAGUUGAGAAGAUGGAGUCCUGUUAAAUCCAAAGCAUCAUUCUCACAUGGAAAAAAGUUAUCCCAGGUGAAAGCUGAUGCUGAAAUUCAGGGUGAUAUUAAAGUAACAACAUCACAAGAAACAAAAGAAAACAUUGAAAAAUAUGACAUUUCUCAGAAAAAUGUUUUAAUGCAAAAUGUGUCAAAUAAACCAACAGUGAUCACUAGAAAAGAAGCAUCUUCAAAACAGGACUCAAAGUCAGUGUCAAAACCUGAAACUCGGCAGGGUCAGCCUCAAAAACUGUCUCAGCGAGAAAAUGUGGUGUCAAGAUUUGAAAAGGAACAGAACCUUGACAAGUCUAGUGCUCAAAGAAAACAUACUAAAGCAGAAAUUGCUCAAUCCACACCAGAUAAAAUCCCUGCUCCAAUAUUACAGGAAACUUUAGAGUCCCAGUAUAUGGUCCCUACUAAAACCCUCCCUGAAGCUUGCUCAGAAAGUGUAUUUAACUCUGAGUCAUCACCAAAACCUGAAAAUGUCCCAAAUUUUGGAACAUUAUUGGAAUCGGAAUCUGCAUUAGGAUUUGAUGUAUCAAGAGAAGAAAUGGUGCUCAGUGCAGAACCAGUACUAAAUACAGAUAUGGUGUCCAAGGCUGAUGUUACACAGCAAACUUUCAAGCAGGUACCAGUGACAGAGGAGUUGACAUAUGAGAUGACAAAACAUAAGCCUUCAGAAUCUGAAAAUGUGCCAAAGUCUCAUACAACACCAGAACCAGAAUCUGCUCUGAAAUAUAACCAACCAAGGGCAGAGAUGGUGCUUGAAGCUGAACCAGUUUCCAAACCAGACAUGCUGGCCAAGGCAGAGGUCAAACAUAAAACUGAUACUUAUGAAGCUGAACAAGUUACAGAGGAAAAAGAUACAGAGUUGACCCAUCCGAAGAAACCUAAUGAAGAUAGCACUAAACCAGUGAAGAAAAGGUCAUUCAAAAUCAAACAUGGAAAGACGUCCGUCCAUAGAAGUAAAACAAUCAGUGAAAAAGAGCUCAGAUCAGCAAGUUCUCCAAAGAGAACAGAUGACAAACCAUCCAAAACUGAUGUUCCUAACAUUCUCACAAAGUCUCCAGAAGCCAAUCUGGAUGAUCUUUUGAUGGAGAAUGUGGACUAUCUGUCUGACAUAGAGACAAAUGACCCUUGGGGUGUCCAUAAGGCAGACAAGAAAUCAGAGCCCGGGCAUCUCAGGGAAGGGCUACACGUGAGGGCUAAACAAGCCCAAUCCAAACCCACCAAAGAACUCACCAGUAGUCAAGAAAGUUUAGAAAGGAAAAUAAAAUCAGAUAAACCCAGCCCUGCAAAAGCAGCCAUACUAAAUCAGAUAUCAAUUGUGCCACAAGCAGAGGAGACUCAAUUGAAAGACAUUUCUACAAGUAAACCACCGCCUACCAGUUCAACACAGUUAAGUAACGUUUCUUCAACUGAACUUUUGGGUUUCAGCUCAACUUCAACUCAACUUUUCACUCAUUCAUCUGAUCAACUUUCUGUUGUUGAGGCUGAUCAACAGAAUUCAUCAAACAUCACAUCCACGUCAUCUAAGGAAACAAGUCAGAUUACAAGGGAAAUAACUCAGCCACCAGGGGAAGUAACUCCACAAGUACCCAUCAGUGAAAUUCAUUCUGAAGAGCAGAUUGCAGAUAUUGAACAAAAAAAGAGAAGAAAAGACAAGUCAGCCAUGAGGAAAUCACAGCUGAAUACAAAACCAGAAGAUGAAGAUGUUGGACGAAGGGGUCUUGAAAAACACACAAGUGAGUCAGUUGUAAGGACACAAGAAACGUCUGCUUCACCUGAUGUCACAACUAAUCACAUUCCUAAGCACAAUCUUACUAACAAUUUUGUGAGAUCACGUCACCAUGACAACGGGACUGAGCACCAUGUUUCACAGUCAGGCAGAUCUUCUGUGUUAGACUCCAUCUUACCGUCCAAAUUCUCUAUACCAUCCAAGGUCUCAUCAGUCAUCAACAGAUUUUCGGGGGAGUUUGGAGACAAGAAGGCAGACCCCAAAACAGCUAAGAAACAAGAGGAGACAGCACAUAGGCAUAUUCCUAUAGUUAGGAGAAAAAAUGAUUUUUCCUCUCUGUUACAGAAAUUUUCAGGUUCUAAUGGAGAAUCAGGAGAUGUAUCGCCUAGAAGGAAAGUAAAUCUCCAUCGUCAGGAAGCUUGUGCCAUCGGCAGCAGUGACGAAUCAGACAGUCGCAGAACCCCCGAAAGGACUCAAAGUUUACGUGUGAAAAAGUCCCCAUCUCCUGAUGAGAAAAAAGGGGUACAGAGAUCUGAGAGUUUCAAGUCGGAUUUUAUGCGCAAACGAUACAGUCCUGAAACAGUGAUAAAUACUCCGUUGGAAGAGGAUUCAGAAAACAUGGCAACCCCUAAUCCAGAGCUUGCAGCCAUUUUGAACAGACGCCACAAAGUGGUCACUGAUCAACAAAUCAAAGGACAAGAGUUAGAAAGGGAACAAAUUUAUAGCAAAAAAAUUGAAAAAGAAGAUCAAACUCACAAACCAGCAGAAGUGGAUGAAGUUAUAUGUGAUGAGCAAGUUGCUUCUAAGUUGAAAACGAGGCUAAAUGAAACUGAUUCUUCUAACUUAAGGGAAGGAAAUAACAUUGAUGAUCGUUUUAAACCCUACCAAAAGUCAGAUGACAUCAUCACAGAUUCUGAAGUAGCAAGUAUAUUAAAAGCCAGGAAAAAAGAAACUGACUCCAAAGUAGCCAAAGGUAAUGAGAUAGUAACCAAAGAGUAUGACCAAAGCUCACAACAAACGCCAAAGGUUGUAAGUAAUGAUAAAGUAAACAAACAAGAACAAUCAUCUCUGGCACCCCCACAGAAAACGGAGGGCAGUCAAGCCAAAGUGACUUCAUCAGUGUCUGAGGUUACCACUAGUGUUAGCCAAUUAGUGACCAGUACAAAAGCUCAGUCACCAGAACAUACACACAGUACCGACAGUGAAAAGUUAGCCAAGAAACCAGAAACAGAGAAAACUCCUGGAGCAACAGUGUCACCAAUGCCGCAUAUUGUGUCAAAUAUUACGACAAAAGCUCAGUCACCAGAAUUGAACCGCAUUACUGACAGUGAUAAGUUAGGUGAGAAAUCGGAACCUGAGAAAACUACAGUAAUGCCUCACAUUGUGUCAAAUAUUAAGUCUUCAGAAUUUCUGGAAAAGGAUUCAGAUAAGGAAAAAUCACCACUUAGAUCUCUCAGAUCAUCUGUGUCACCAAGUAAGGACAAUGUGUCAUCUGUUGAAUCCUCAUCUUCAUCUAAAUCAUCUGCCAUUCGUCGAGCAGAGUCAUAUGGGGCCAAGGACACAGAUCGUCCAAAGGGAAUUCUUAAACGGACCAAGUCCAUGAAAUCCAGUGUAAUUGUGGAUGAGGAAUUAGCUGGUAUUUUACGCAGACGGAAAAAGAAACAAGACAACAGUGACAGCGAUGAAGAUAGUGAUGAUAAACAAGAUGUUGCCAGUGAUAUUCAGGAAACUCUCAGGAGGGAGAAGGAAUUUCGGGGAGAUACCACCAUUGAGGAUGAAGAUGUCACACCUAAACUCUCCAUGCAGGAGAGAAUUUUUCAAAUGCAAAACAAACUGGAGGAGGCAAAGUCAUGUCCUAUAACCCCCCGAGCCAAAUCAGGAACUGCCACUCCAAAAUUUGCCUUUAAAGGGAGGACUGGUAGCUUGACUCCCCACUCUCAGAGCACAGAGGAGCAAAGCUCAGGCUCCCUUUGUGGUGAGCAGCUGAUACAGAAACUCAGUAACCUAGCCGAGCUAGGCCACAAGGUGGGAAGUUUGGAAGAGAAGCGUAAGGCCUUCCAGAAACGUAAAAGGGAGGACUGGAGAACAAGAACUCAGCCAGUCACUUUAGAGGAAAUCCAGGAGGCUGAUGGUUUACAAUCAGUUGCUGAUUUUAGACGUGAAGUGUUAAAAAAGGCAUCCAAAAAUGUGUUUGAACAACUUGAAAAAGACAACAAGAAAUUGUUAGGAAAGAGGAGCGAAUUUCCUCAACAUUUACAUAGAGAAAAAUUAAGACGAUCCCGAAGGGAACGCCAUAAGACUUUGCCGAUAACUGCAGCAGAACUUAAUGCCAUUCCUGAAGGGGAGUCAAUUGGAAUGGCAGGGCUGAGGAAGAAAUCCGAUUGGUCUAGUGCCAGAGACUCUAAAGCAGAUUCUGGUAUUCUGUCAGGGUCUUCUGAUGUAGAAAAUUACUGUGAUAGCUUUGAAUUCCAAACCUCUGAGGAAAGCCUUCGGAGCUUGAGUCUGGAUCUGGACACACAUGAGGAUGAUCCAGCCAGACUCAGUGUGUCUGCAAAAGCGUCCAUGUUUACAAACAUUGUAGAAAAGUCCAAACCUGAUAAACCAAAGCCGUGUGCUAGUGGAGCUAAGAGAUAUAUAGACAGGAAGAAAAGAGAGCGAUGUCAGACUCAGCCAGUUACGGAAGAGGAGGUGAAGUCAGCAGCAGAGAUUGCUGAGGGCGGGAAAUCGGAGGGUGAAAAAUCGCAGCAAGAAGAAGAGGAAAAGACGGAUGACGCUGCUAGGCGAAGUUUGGCAGAGAAGGUUAAACUGUUCUCUAGCUUGAAGGAACAAGAGAAAGUGCCCCCCAAAGCUGACCCCCCAGUCAUCAGACGGAGGAAUCGCAAACAGCUGACCUCACGAUUUAAUACUCAGCCAGUGACCAUUGAAGAAGUGGAGAAGGCAGCCCAGUACCGAAUCUCUCCCCUGGCCAUGAGUAUGGUCAAACCACCAGACCCAGAAAUCAUGCAAGGACUGUCCGUGGCAGCUCAGAGGGAACUCAUGGCUCAACAUGCCGAGAAAAUCAUGUCUCAGCCAAGCUCGAGACAAGGCUCAAGUGUGGACCUGUCAGAUAAAUCUCAGUCCUCAUCAGAUCUCAGCAAACAGAGCUCAGACAAAGAAGGACCAAUGAGCAGUAAGACUGUUGAGAAACAAUUAAGUAAGAGCAUGUCAAAGUCAGAGGGGGAUGUGAAAGGCAUUCUCAGAGGUGACAGUGGUAAAGGAGUGGAGGAACCUCGAAGCAUUCUAAAACAUCAUGUGGAAACUCAUGAGGAACUCAAGAGAAUCAUGCUGGAAAGAGAAGAACAUAGGAGUAUACUGAAAUCCAGCAACCACAGCUUAGCUACAGAACAGAAAGGUAUUCUGAAGACACCUGGAGGAAAAGAGGAGGACUUGGAGGAGGAAAAAGCAGGUGUGCAGGAAGAAAUAGUGAAAGGUGUCCUGAGGUCCUCGGGAAUUGAGGAACUUGGAAGUGACUCGGAACCAAAAGGUAUUUUGAAGAAAGAGAGUAGUUUUGAGGUGAAAAAAUCUGAACCUGAGAAAGGUGUGUUGAAAGACAGCACCUUUGAGGUGCAUCAAGAGGAGCCUGAGAAAAGUGUUCUGAAAGAAAGCAGUUUUGAGGUUCCCAAAUCUGAACCUGAGAAAGGAGUGCUUAAAACAACUGGACAAAAAGAGGAAACAAAUGUUCAUGGAAUUUUGAAGAAAGACAAAGAGGAAGACAUAGUGCAACCUCGAGUGGAGGAAGUGAAAAGAUCAGAAAGAAAGUCUCCAUCUCCGGAACGAAAAGCUGCAGGAGGGUGUGCUGCAUCCAUACGAAGAAGAAAAGACCGCAAACAGCAGGAAAGAUUCCUUACCCAGCCAAAUGAUAAAACCUCGCCAGAAAAAUCCCCUGAGGGUUCACCCAAACUCCGGUAUGGGGCCACGCGACACAAGACACAGCCUAUCACCCCAGAGGAGAAGCGGGAGGCAGAGGAGGGGCAAUCAGAUGUCAAAGUCUCAGUCAAGGACAGAUUGAGCCAGCUAAAGAAGAGCGGAGAGGAGGAUUGGAAGAAGAGGGUGUCCAAGUCCCCUGAUGUCAAGAAUGGAGAGGUGGAGGUCAAACUGCGAGAGAAGAAGGGACUGGACAUGCCCCGCCCCAGCAGUAUCGCUGAUCGUCUUAACCUGUUGGAGAACUCUCAGGUGGGCUGGAGGGGUAGAGUGGAAGAGAAGGAUGCAUCAAGGUUCACAGUGGCCCAUAAACUGGCUGGUCAGGUGGAGGAGAGUCCAAUGAUGAAGAAGCUGAGAGAGAAAACCAAGAGAGACUCGGAAUCAGAAUCUGGGUCACCUGUUACGUUGUCACCUUCCACCCCCACGCGAGACUUGCCAAAAAUCCCCCUUCCAAAGACCAUCAUUUCAGGACCUCCAGUUGAGGACGAAUCUGAAGCCAAACCUAAGGGGGUCACAGUUGGUGUAACCAUGGAGACUGAGGAGGUCAAAGAACCUGUGAAGGUCGCGGUUCCAUCCAUGGAUGACGAUCAACUGAAAUCCUUCUUUAGACAAUCGUCAGAAGUGGAGGAGACUCAGGAGAAGAUUGAUGUCUCUGUAGAAGAUUUUAAUGAGCUUUUCAUCAUUGCUAAUGACAUGCUGCCAUCCAUGAGGAAGAUCCGUCCUAAGCGUAAACACACUGCCUCAGUAAGGAAUCCACUGAAGACGACAUCAGUGGAGAUCAGGACAGAGUAUGAAGAGGUCAAGAUGGGAUAUGCUGAAUUAGAAAUCAGACGCAAGCAGAAAGAGAAAAUUGCAGACAAAGCUGGAUUUGCGGAGGCAGCCCUAGCUGGUUUAGCUAGUAAAGAAAACUUUGCCAGUGUGGCUCUCCGUAAAACUGCUGAGUCAUCUGGCUCCAGCAUGCCCUCUCGCCUUGAUCCCUACAAAGACCUUAUGCUUAUCCAUGUCAAAGGUCGCCGCAGACUUCAGGUCCGCUUAGUGGAGCCAUGUGCCAAAUCCAUUAACAGUGGUGACUGCUACAUAUUGGUCACUCCUGACAAAGUUAUCAACUGGGUGGGGGAAUUCUCGAAUGUCAUCGAAAAGGCAAAGGCUGCAGAUAUUGCCACCUUCAUUGUUCAGAAGAAAGACCUUGGAACUCGAGCACCACUAGUAGAGAAUGUGGAGGAGAAGAGACAGCACCUGGGGACUGGCAAGAAAUUCUGGUCAGCACUGGGAGGACUCAAAACCAUAUCAUCUGCUGGGCCCCCAGAGGAAGAUGAGUUGUAUGAGAACCAUAUCAUGGCUUCCAACAUGGUGUACAAACUAGAGAACAACUCACUAGUACCGUACCAAGAAUACUGGGGCUGUCAGCCAAAACAUGAAAUGCUCAAGAAGGAUCAGGUGCUGGUCUUUGAUUUUGGCACCGAACUCUACGUGUGGCAAGGGAAAGCGGUGAAACCUGAGAGACGUAAAAUGGGUGUCAAACUCGCUCGUCAGUUGUAUGAGAAAGGUUAUGACUACAGUGCAUGCGACAUAAACCCAAUGUCCCCACUGUCCACUGAGGAGAUGGGUGGCUUGCCAUCAGUUGCCAAAGAGAGGCCAUCGUGGGGAUUGUUUGGUAAAGUGAAUCAAAAUAUGGAGACCAUCUUGUUUAGAGAGAAAUUUGCUGACUGGCCAGAUACUUCACGUCUCAUCAAGGUCAAAAGUCUAGACACAGGAAGCAAGACUGAUCUGACGGAACUAAAACCAUAUGAUGCCAAGUUAAUGAUUCCAGUCAACAAAGACCCAGUAUCUCUAGUCUUAGAAGGCUCCAAUCUGGGCAGGGGAAAUACAUGGGCUGAAGACAUGGACGGGUUUAUAAGAGAACAGAAUAUUGUAACACUAGGAGUCACUGUGUGGCACGUUUUGGAAUAUGAACACUAUAAGAUGCCAGAACCAAGUUUUGGUCAGUUCCAUGAUGGAGAUACUUAUGUUGUCAGAUGGCAGUACAUGAUUACAAACAAAGGAACAAACUUGAAGGGCACACAGUCUCGUAGAUCUCUAGUUGGUCGGGAGAGGUGUGCUUAUUUCUUCUGGCAAGGAAAGAACUCCACCAUCAAUGAAAAGGGAGCCUCUGCUUUAAUGACAGUAGAACUGGAUGAAGAACGAGGACCUCAGGUACGAGUGGCAGAAGGGAAAGAGAUGCCAUGUUUUCUAAAUCUUUUUCAAGGAAGGAUGAUAACACAUAUAGGAAAACGUGAAGAUGAGACGACCAACACCCAGGGGUCAUGGCGAUGUUACUGUGUCCGUGGGGAAUAUGAAAACGAGCUCUGUCUGAUUGAAAUACCUAUGGGGGCUAACAGACUUCGCAGUCAAGCCUCUUUCAUCGUACUAAAUAUCAAGUCAGGUCUUCUAUUUGUGUGGCAUGGCUGUAAAUCUCCACCACAUUGUCGAAAAAUGGCCACCAAAGCAGCAGAAAGAUUGAAAGAAAAGUGUCCCCUGGAAGUAGGAGUCAAGGAGGAGUGCUAUAUAUUGAUCACUGAGAUGGAGGAGGGGUCAGAGAGACCCGAGUUCUGGUCAGCCCUCAGGGUAAAGCCCAACACAAGGUCACUCUACUGUAGUCUUCUCAAUGAUCCAACAUCUUAUGAUUACACACUGCGAGUUUUCCACAUGACAAGUGCCUCGGGGAGCUUUGAUGUCCAUGAAAUUCUCAACCCGUCUCGAACACCAGAUCUCAGUACUCCUUUUCCUGUUCUCCAAUCAGACCUGUACAAUGCUUCUCAACCAGGUCUGUUUUUGGUGGAUGAUGAUAAUAUCAUGUAUCUGUGGCAUGGCUGGUGGCCCGAGGCAGACGCGGAGGAGGAGAACAUACUGACAGGCUCUGCCAAGUCUCGCUUCAGUGUGGACCGAAAAUGUGCAAUAGAAACUGCCAUCCAUUACUGUCAAGAAAAAAAUCCCGAGAAUCCCCCUAAGGCUGUUGCAGUGUAUGCUGGUCUGGAACCUCUGGAGUUUACCAAUCUUUUCCCAUACUGGGAUGUAGAUGAGACUGCCAAAUCUCUUAAUCUCAGGGAAGGUAAGCAGGAAGGGGAGAUGACUCCUCUGGAAGAGAUUUUGGAGAAAGUGACAAAGACGCGAUACUCAUAUGAAGAACUAAUGGAAGACGAACUACCUGAUGGCGUGGACCCCAAACGCCUUGAAUCCUACCUCGAUGAUGAGGAGUUUGAGGAAAUAAUGGAAAUCAGUCGUGAAGAAUUUUACAAGCUACCACAGUGGAAACAGGACAAAAUUAAACAACAAAAUGGACUGUUUUAAAAAAUUGUAAUCACCAGUGGCUGAAAGCAAUCUGGAAAUACAAACAAUUCCUCUACUUAACCAAGAAAUCCAUUUUUGUAGUUAAAAAGGCAGUUACACUUUGCAGAAUUUAUUCAGCCUAGAAAAUUUCAUGGAUAAUUUUAAUCCAUUAAAUUCUGUUAUAUGAAAAUUUUUAACAAAACCACUAAAAAGUAAAGGUCAUUACUUAAAAUGAGUCAUGAAAAUUUUAAUGAAAAAGUGGCAUUGUAAAAGAGAUGCAUGUAUCUUAUUUUUCCUCAUUUAAAUGUACUUUCAAUUUGACCUGUAUCAACACCUAUAGCUGUUGUGGAGUGAACAGCUGAAAAUAUUUGUUAAAAAAUCACACUCAGCAUUCUGUUUUGACUCAAAAUAUGCUCAGCAACUACAUAAUUCAUUGCCCUAUUAUAUAAUUUGCAAUAAAUAAAAGAAAUGUCUUUCAUGUAUGUUAGUGUACCAAAGAUGUACAGAAUUUCCUCUGUUCCAGCAGGGCUGGGAAUAUUGGUGCUUUAUUGUGUGUGAGGUCAUAGAAUUUGGAUAUGCAUCCAUUUGCUUGUUAUUUCAAAUGCCCAUUGAUAUAUGAAUUACAUCCAGUAAAUUGUCAACAUUUUUUAAUUUUUCAUUUUUGACACUUUUCCUCCUUUCUUGUUAUAUUGAAUUUAAGGAAUGAUAAUUACAUUGUUUACAUUUUUUUAUCAGUCCAGAAGCAUUUAUAUUCGAUGUAAUUUUUUUUCACUGCCCAAACAAGAACAAUGAAGCUUAUAACUCCUUUGACUUUUUCCUUCCCUUCAAGUAUAGGCCUUGGUAUUUAAAAUUUAGACGUACAAUAUUGUUUUUAAAGCAACACUUGCAGUCUUCUUGCAGAGAUUGAGUUGGCUAACAUUUUAAUGUUAUUGAAAGAGGUAUACAUUAAAGAAAUAGUCAGUAAAUAAUUGUCUUACAGGAGAAAGGAGCUGCCCAAGUCUAAAAUAUAGAAAAAAAUGGGGGUAUGAAUUCAUGAAAUAACCUUUUUAAGUACUCUGUGAAUUUAAUGUUGUACCUUAUAAGUAACUCCAAAACCACUGAUUCCUUGCACCAUAUUUAACAAGCAUUUCUUGGAAAAAGUGUUCAGUAUGACAGAGAUAACAUUAUGUAUUUUAGUGGGGGUUUUUUUUGAAGAAUUAUUGUGAGAAAAGGGUCAAGGACAAUAAAAGGUCAAGGAGACUUUCUUAUGAUGAGAUUUUUGUACUGAUGCUAGCAAUUCCUAAAGCAACUGUGAUCUUACUUUAGUGGUAGAUAUUUCCCCCUUUGCUUGUUUGUAUACAUGUGUAUAUUGUUAUUGUCUGUAUUGUUCUUUUGUAUUAAAAAGUGCUUCCAAAAUAAACUGUUACAAAGAU